AACAUGUUUUCCCUCUAUGGGUACUUGGAGCUGCUCCUGUGUGCAGCUUUGACACUCGGAAACACAGCAGUCACAAUCGAGGACAUGGGACCGUGAAAGUAUGGCGGAUGCCGAGGAGCCGGAGAAGAAAAGAAGGCGAAUAGAGGACCUGACUGAGAAAAUGGCUGUAGAUGGUGGACACAGGGACGGUGGUUGCGACUGGGAUGGGCGGUGGAAUCAUGUGAGGAAAUUUUUGGAGAGACCCGGCCCAUUCACCCAUCCUGACUUUGAGCCAAGCACUGAGUCUCUACAGUUCUUGUUGGAGACAUGUAAGAUUCUGGUCAUUGGUGCAGGAGGACUUGGAUGUGAACUCCUCAAAAAUCUGGCCCUGUCUGGGUUUCGCCUAAUUCAUGUGAUUGACAUGGACACAAUUGAUGUGUCCAACCUCAACAGGCAGUUUCUUUUCAGGCCCAAAGAUGUUGGACGACCAAAGGCAGAAGUGGCUGCCGACUUUAUCAACAGUCGUAUCCCUGGAUGUAAAGUUGUCCCUCACUUUAAAAAGAUCCAAGACUUUGAUGAGUCUUUCUACAGGCAGUUCCACAUCAUCGUCUGUGGACUGGACUCCAUCAUUGCCAGACGCUGGAUGAACGGCAUGCUGAUAUCCCUCCUGAGCUAUGAAGAUGGAGUCCUGGAUCCCAGCUCCAUCAUCCCCCUCAUCGAUGGAGGAACAGAGGGCUUUAAAGGAAACGCUCGUGUCAUUCUGCCCGGCAUGACUGCAUGCAUCGACUGCACGUUGGAGCUGUACCCACCACAGAUUAAUUUCCCCAUGUGCACCAUUGCGUCAAUGCCGCGGCUACCGGAACAUUGCGUUGAAUAUGCCAGAAUGUUACAGUGGCCCAAAGAAAAGCCAUUUGGAGAUACCAGCUUAGAUGGAGACAAUCCAGAGCACAUCCAGUGGGUGUUUGAAAGAGCCCAAGAAAGAGCUGCAGAGUUUAACAUUACAGGAGUGACAUACAGACUCACUCAAGGAGUUGUGAAGAGGAUCAUUCCUGCUGUUGCAUCAACUAAUGCUGUUAUUGCUGCUGCCUGUUCCAUGGAAGUUUUUAAAAUUGCUACAAGUGCAUAUGUUCCUUUAAAUAAUUACCUGGUCUUUAAUGACGUGGAUGGACUGUACACCUACACUUUUGAAGCUGAACGAAAGGAAAAUUGUUCAGCCUGCAGCCAGGUACCUCAGGAUCUCCAGUUCCCUCCUUCUGCCAAACUACAGGAUGUUUUAGAGUACCUUACAGAGAACGCCUCUCUGCAAAUGAAAUCCCCAGCUAUCACCACAACUCUGGAAGGGAAGAAUAAGACGCUGUAUUUGCAGUCUGUUAAAUCCAUCGAGGAACGAACCAGGCCAAACCUCUGCAAGACUUUGAAAGAGCUGGGCUUGUCGGAUGGACAGGAACUAGCCGUGGCUGACGUCACCACGCCCCAGACGGUUCUAUUCAAGCUCAAUUUUACCACCUAAACAUUCAUUACAACACACAGCACUGAUGUCAGAUUGACUGCAUCUGAAUGCAAACUGGGUCUUGCAUCACAAGGUUACUGUGAUGUUGCAGUAGCACAUUUGACAUGAUAAUGUAAAUAAGAUGAGUGACGUCUCACUUGUGGGGUAGGAUUGGUUGUCAUAUGAAUACGGAAUCAUUUAACAACAUUGUUUUUUCUCUUAAUAACGUUGUUUACUUCUUUGUGUAUUUGUCCUGUGUUGACCUAUAUUGUAGCUAUUUCCCUGUCAAUCAAAUGAGAAUAAUGAUGUGCACUGUGCUCUAAUAAAGUUUUAUUAUCAUGGUUGUAGAGGAA